GGCUGUAGUUGGUUAUCUUGUGCUCUGCUUAGACCAUACGGUGGAGAUGGUCUAGAUCAACACAGGUCGACUCAAGCGUGGGGACUCGAGAGAGGGCUCGUAGCAAACGGGUUGCGAUGGAUCUGGAUCAAGACGCUGCCGCCAGUGUGUUGGACCAAGACGGCAAGGAGGAAUCUUCUUCGUCCAUCCCGCGGGAGCUGGAAUGUGCCAUCUGUAAGCAACGAAGGGCAAGACAGGAGAGGACUUUGCGAGAGGACGGCUCAAAGGGUCUGGUACGGUAUUCUGCAGGCCUUCGGCUGCUUCUAGAGCCCAUCACGGUGUCCUGCGGCCACAACUUCUGCCGGUAAGGACGCAGACUGGGGUAUCAUUAUGACGACGUCGCCGACACUGCGCGACUAAAAGAGGACAACGACAAAGCCCUCUCUCACUCUUGUUCUGGUUGUUGCAGUCCAUGUCUAGCGAAGGCGCGUGAGCACCGGCCCGUGUGUCCGCUGUGCCGGCGUCCCACCGGCAGUAACGCCAAUAUCAACAAACUGCUCAGUCAGCUCAUUCAGGUGUGGAGCAACGGACAGGAAGGCGCACAAGAGAAGUCACAGAGCCCACACGCAGCUAGGGGUGUGUGGCUGUGUGAGCAGACGCACUACCCUGCUGAGUAUGAGGCGAGGAAAGCCGACCACAUCCGGGAGGAGGAAACAGCUGGUGCGACAGACAGACAGACAGACAGACAAGCUGGCGGAUGGACCAUACGAAGUAUCUUAUUUCAGAUGAGGAGAGUCGUGCCAAUCGUGCCGCAUCUGCCCAGUCGCAGUCCCAGGCCGCCAUCGCACUGCUGCCCGUCAUUGGUUCGUCCGUCUGCCCGUCGCCUCUGUUCCCGGGGGAAUCCGCCAUCCUCAAUCUGCCACCGGUCAGCCCCUUCGCCGGAUGGAUUGACAGAAAACACGCUGACACACGGUUGAAGGUCUGUGUGUGCAGAGGUGGCAGUCGCUGGUGAAUCAUGCCGUCGAAGGCAGUCUCCGGUUUGGCAUGGUGUCGAGCGGCUGGGCUGAUGUCAUCAACCAGCAGCAGCCGGAGGUCGGCCCGGCCGCCCCAGAACCACCGGCUGAGAACAUACAACAGCAGCAGGGGGCUGCUGAAGGUGCGCAAGCGAGCGUGGGUGUGGCUCGAUGUCAUGAGGGUCUUCAUGUGUUCAGGUUUGCGGCAAAGACAUGCAGCGGCAUCCUCGUCUGCCGCUGCUGGUGCUGCUGGGACGGGACCUGCCUCUGCCGCACAGGCGCCUGCAUCGUGGCGAGAGGCGCCUGAUCGUCUCGGGAUGCUGGUAGAGGUGAGUGGGCUGAUGGGUCAACGUGCGUGGUGGUCGAGUCAGUCUUAAUGGCUGGAUAAUGACCUGGAUGCAUUAGUUGCCUCGAGGCUAUGCCCGUGAGGCCUCUAACUCUCUUGCUGACUGUUGAUUGCGUGGGGCAUAUGCCAUGUCCAUCCGUGCCGUGCACGCUGUCGUGCACUUCAAUCGUGGCUUCCUUGUUUGGUGCAGAUCCAGGCCACGAGCAUCUAUGACGGCGGCAUCAGGCUCAGGUGGGUCAUUGAUAUACACAAUCCAGUCGAUACAAAAGACGGCAUCCUGCAAUGCACCAGCAUCAGUGCAUCUGGCUAUGUGUGUGUGUGUGUGGUCGCCACAGGGUGAGGGGGCUGUUCCGUUUCCAGUUGGCGUUGAGGGGCGAGUCUGCUGCAUCGUCGGCAGCAUCGUCGUCGGACUCGCUGUCAUUCGGACAGGUCGACGUCAUGCCGCACGAGAUCGACGGCAACUACCCUGUUGGCCGAACCACACCCAUGUAAGCUUCAAAUAUACUGUCCCCCCCGGUGCACUGGGCUGCACACGUCUGUCUCCCUGUGACAUUUGCAUCAGGUUUGAUGUUCCGCUCGAGCAUGUGCCGGCCCCCUCUCCGUCAGAGGAGGACCAAGACUGCGCCGAGGGCAGCCCAUCGGGGUUCGCGGGUGCUGCUGACCUGGCCCGCAAGCUGUCGCAACUAGUGGACGCACACAUGGCCAAUCUAGGCACCAGCGCACGUAUUACAUGAGUGAAGGGUCCACAGCUCCCAUUCAGUGACCCACGUGUGCAUGUGGUGGCUGUGCAGGUAUCCGUCUGGAGCGGAAGUUCGGUCCUUUGCCGCACCCACGGUGGUCGACGUCAGUGGACCUCGAGAACUACAGCUUCGCGGUGAGGAAGACGCCUGACGUACACGUGUUCUGUUCUCAACAAAAGUGUGUGAUUUCCCUUGUCUCCUCAUUCAGAUAGCUCAUCGUGUGGAGGCGAGUGGCGCCCAGCGAUGGCAGUGGCUGCGGGGCACGUCGACCAUCGACCGACUGCAGGACCUUACAGACCGAUUCGAGAGAGCCAGACGCGGCACCCUGGUGUUUGCUAUCGACGAGCCCAACACGGUGCUGGCGGCUUUGCGUUUUGAUGAUGCCCGCUCGAGCGCAUUGCUGCUGCUGGCCCUGGUGUUGGUGCUGAUCGGGCGGUUCAUCUGGAUGCAGAACGUGCGCACUCAAUUCAUCGAGUACGAGUACUACUAGUAGUGCCGUGGCGCUUACAUCUGUGUGUGCAAAUAAUGGUGCGGCGACCACGUGACUGUAUGUAUUCACGGUUGUAUACCAUUCUGUCGGGGCACUGACCAGCUCACGAGAGUCGACUGCUGUGCAGCGGAAAGAGCGCUUUCAGGAGCCCAGCUGAUAUGAUUCAAGUAUAGACGGCGAUACGGACAGACGCACGAUGAAGAGCGACAGAGACACAUCGCCUGCAUGCCUGUGGUGGACUCAGUGUGUACAUCCAUCUGUGGCACACUUCUGUGGCCACAACGCGCACUUCUUGCCCACAGCAGCUGCGGCCUAACAUAAUAAUGUCAUAUAUGGCGAGAAUUUUUCAGAACGAUAUCGCGAGACGGAGACUGGGCGAGAAUUGGGGGACGGAUUUUGCGACAUUGGGACAAGGAUUCUGACAGAUUCAAAGUUGCCCCUCGUUGGCCUUGGUUUCGAUCAGAGUUGAAGCGGCAGACUCACAGCACACUAGCAACAGCCGCAGCCGUUACUUUCCUGUUGGGCAUGGGAACCUGGUCUUUUACGAAACAUCCGCAGGGGAGGAUCGUGCGGUAGGCGCACACACCACAUCAAUGGAGGCACACCGUCUCUUGCACAUGUGUGUUCUUGCGCGUUUGCAGUUGUCACAAGAAUUUUGGAGCAAAGCGGACCUUGAACGUUGUCACUGUCGUGCUGUCCUUGUUGCAGCGGGGUGUGGGAAGUCCUGGCGUCUGAACGUGCUGGCCCAUGCCCAGGAUACGUGGUUCCUCGCCUUUCUGGCGGAAACCGUUGGCUGUGAGAGUGGGGUUGAGAUCGGCACCGAUAGCGAAACCAUCGACUGUCUUGCCGGCCUGGUCAGCUGAGCUAGCCACGGCUGUGUGUAUUCCCAUGUGUCUACACACACAAACACGCGUCCGUCUUGUCUUCUUCUCUGUCCGUCAGACUGAGAUUGAUGUUUUGACGGAGCUGAGUUCCCAGCACUCGCAGCAGCCGGCCCCCCGUCCGCUCCUGAGUCGCAUCGCCCGCACGCUGAGCACGGCCUUCAGACUCUACAAAGACGACGAGGAUGAUACAGGUGGGGGUGAGAAAUCUUCCCAUCCACCUCACGCAGACAAAGACAAGAUACGUACGCACGUGUGCUCUUUUUCGUCUUGCCGACCUCUACGGUUCAGAUGAGGACAGCAAGGAGAAGCCGAUUAACGGUGAGGACGGGGCGGGGAGUGGGGCACCACCAGCACCACCUGCACGAGAGUUCAAAGGCCGAGGCAAGCCAGCCACGGGCAAGCCGCCGCUGCCCCCCACAUGGGCGGAGGCAAACAGUGUCACACUACCUGAGGGUACAAAUGACCAACUUGAAUGGACACUCUGAGAGUGGGUGCAUUUGUUUUCUGUCUGUCUGUCUGUUCGUCUAUCUAUCUGGCUGGCUGGUGGCAGCGCUGCGCUCUACGGUCCUCCUAUACGGGCUGCUCAACGCGGAUCUGUCGCCCAUACUCAAUGAGGAGCGCACAGCUGUAAGCACGGCAACGCAAAGGAAUACAUACACGUCUCACCUGUACGUGCAACCAUUGCACGCCCUGCCCUGCUGGUGUCUCUGUCGUGUCACAGACUGCUGAUGAUGAAUGA